AUUUAUCUUAAACGAGUAGUUAAGUAGUCGGUAAACAGUCGAACAGUGAUUUAACGCAAUGAUUUUUUUAAUCUUAUUAUUCGUUUUAUGUGUAUGCCUAACAUUCUUAUACUCGUCUCUAAAAAGUAAACAAGAUUACUGGAAGAAGAAGAAAGUGCCUUCAUGUCCCAACCCUAAGCCGAUCUUCGGGAAUUAUUCAGACUACAUUCUAUUGAAGAAAUUUGUAGGAGAAGCCUCACAGGAAAUAUGUCGGGCUUUCCCCAACGAGCCUUACAUCGGAACGUUCUACGGCUCGGACCCAGCUCUCCUGGUGCAAGACCCUGACAUCUUGAAGAUGGUUAUGACCAAGGACUUCUAUUACUUCAACAGCCGGGAGGUGUCCAAGUACACGCACAAUGAAGUCUCCACGCAGAACCUAUUCUUCACUUACGGGGACAGGUGGAAAGUGAUGCGCCAGAACAUGACGCCUAUCUUUACGACUGCAAAGAUGAAGAACAUGUUUUAUUUAGUGGAAAAUUGUUGUUACACACUAGAGAAUUUACUGGAUUAUGAGAAUAGCGUUUCCGAUGUCAUAGAAGUGAGGACUCUAACUGCUAGAUACACCAUGGAGUCUAUAGGCUCCUGUGCUUUUGGAAUCGACAUGAAUUCGAUGGAGAAGGGCUUUGAUCGUAAUCCCUUCAUCCUUAUGGGCAGCAAAAUCAUGGAUUCCUCCACUUAUAGAGGCUUGAAAUGGAUAGCCCGAGCCAUGUGGCCAUCAGUGUUCUACGGAUUAGGAUUCAAAACUUUCUCCACAGAUAUCGACAAGUUUUUUGAAUCCAUACUGAUAAACAUCUUCAAAGGCAGAGGCUACAAGCCGACUACCCGAAACGAUUUUAUUGACUGCGUUUUGAAUUUGAAAAAUAACAACUACAUCACUGGAGACAGCAUGCGUAAUGCGAAAACUGGUGGGAAUGAGAAGGUGGUUUUGGAGGUAGACAACGAUUUAAUGGUGGGUUUGUGCGUGGUGAUCUUCGCUGCUGGCUUCGAGACCUCGUCCACGACGAUGGCAUUCACAUUGUUCGAGCUGGCAAAGCACAAGGAGGCUCAGAGACGCGUUCAGGAGGAAAUAGACGAGUAUUUGAGGGUGCAUGAGAAUAAGUUGAGCUACGAUUGCGUGUCUACACUGACGUAUACAGAAGCUUGUGUUGAUGAGGCGCUUCGUUUGUAUCCUGUGUUGGCACUCCUGACUAGAGAAGUGGUGGAGGAUUACACGCUACCGUCAGGUCUGACCCUGGAGAAGGACAGUCGCGUGCACAUACCGGUGUACCACCUUCAACGCGACCCUGCUAAUUUCCCAGACCCCGAAGAAUACAGGCCAGAGAGGUUCCUGCCCGAGAACAAGCAGAACAUCAAGCCGUACACCUACAUGCCUUUUGGAGAAGGGCCUAGAAUUUGUAUAGGAAUGAGGUUCGCAAAGAUGCAGAUGCUGGCUGGUCUGGUGACGAUCCUGAAGAAGUACUCCGUGGAAUUAGCUGAUGACAUGCCGGAGCAGGUAACGUACGAGCCUCGGUCCAUCGUGACGUCACCCAUCGGAGGGAUCAAACUCAAGUUCACGGAAAGGGACGGAUGGGAGCAAAGGGUUUUGCAAAAAUGAACGACGUCGCUAUUGUAUUAAGGCCCGAUUCGACCAAACUUUUAUCCGAGAAUAACUCCUGGUAUAGCACAUUGACAGUUUUAGUAUGGGAAAUCUGUCAAAAUGUCGAAUAACUGACUAUUUAUUCUGAGAUUCGAAUCCGCCUUAAGUGAACUAACUUGACUUUUUUAACUUUUUUGAUUCUAUCAAGUAAAUGUUUUUGGUUUUCUA